AAGUCGGUCGUAAAAAGAAAGGAAGAAGAAAUAAAUUAUGACGAAUAUUAAUUGAAACCGAGCAGUAUAUCGAUCUCUCUCAGGAAUAACUAAAUAUCGCGAAAUGCAAAUGUUAUUGAAUUACUAUUUUAAUUUAAAUUAAAUAUAAAUUAAUAGCGACAAAUAAAUAGUCUAUUAAAGAUGGGUGAUGCGAUCAACGGUAAGAAAUUAUGAAGUUAUGAAGUUAUGCGCUUCAUGUCAUACCACGGAAAAAGGUGGAAAACAUAAGAUAGGUCCUAACCUGCACGACAUCAUGGGCAAAACUUGUGAAACUAUUUCGGGAUAUAAUUCCUCGGAAACUAUAAAAGAAAAAGUUAUUGUGUGGGACGAAAAGACCUUAAGCGAUUACCUCAAAUUUCCAAAGAAAAUCAUUCCUGGAACAUCAAUGGUGUUUAUUGGCGUCAAGAAGGCCAAAGAUCGAAAAGAUUUGAUCGCUUUCUUAGCUACUUUAAAGUAACCGCGUUUUAAUAAAAUAGCAUGCAGCAGUUUUUCAGCGCAAAUGCAAUGUGCAAACCAUGAGGAUGUCAGUGUUAUUAAUUAUAAAAAAUAGUGAUAAUAAAUGUACCUGAAUAUCUGGAUGAUUUCCCAAGA